AAAACAUGUGACGUUUCUUGCCGUUGGCGGCCUGCGUGCAUCCAACACUAGAAAUGUAUUGUGGAAUGUUUUGAUGUGACAGAACGGGUAAAUCACAAUUUGUGUGAAUUAUCCUUUGACUGCAUCUCAGUGGAAUUUUCGAUAAUUUGAGAUGAAUGUUUUCAACUUGCGUUGUACUUAAUGUAGUAUCUUUGACAAACGCUUUGGUUUGUCAUAUACAGGAAGUUAUCGAUGGAUGAUAAAAUUAAAUAGCCAGCUGUGGAUGGCCCUAGGGCGGUUGAACAUGUUGAGAAUGUUAUUAAGGCUAAUGGAGCGAAACAUUCAUCUACAGAAAACUUGUGUGUGAGGGGUGCAGCUCAUCAGCAAACUUGUGCUGAUAUUUCUAUGCAUAUACUAUUUCAAUAUUUUAUGAAGAGAGAAAACCACUUCCAACAAAAUGAAGACUGCAAAAAGAAUGGUGAAAGUGACAUCGUCGCGUCUGGUUAGAGGACGAAGAGCGAAGUUACUGGCAAUCAGAUCAUUGGAAAGUAAAGUAACAUGUGUUGAAAAGAGAAAAGUUGAGUCUCCUGUGAACAAAGAUGAUGGGCACAAUGUGACAAUUAAUGACUUACCAGAUGAGCUGCUUCUAAAUGUUAUGAAGUUCCUGUCAGUGGAGGAGCUGCUGAUAGCUCAAGAGGUAUGCCACCGCUGGGAGCAGCUGACUUAUGGACCAAGUGUUUGGUUGAACAAGAGUUUUGUUGUUUGGCAUGGGCGUCACGCUGUACCUUUGGCACGAGGUGACAGAAUUGGGAGGUACUGCAGUGUGGAAACAUCACUCACAUCUUGGUCAAAAGCUGACAUCUUUCUGAGAACUCAGUCACCAAAGUACCUGAAUAAAAUUUUAAAAAGGAUGCCUCAUCUACGUGUAUGUGCCUUGCCAUUUGAAAGGCAAGCAAUUGAAGCUCUGUCCACCUAUUGUCAGAACAUUACAAAGCUGGAGAUUAUUACCUGCUCUGAAGUUGACACCAUAACUCUGACAAACUUAGUGGAGCGAUGUCCCCUGAUUGAAGUCCUGAAAUUGCCUGUGAGCUUCAUGACAACUGAGUGCUUGGCAGAACUGAUCGCACAUUUGAAAUAUCUUCAGGCACUCAGUCUCCAUGUGGACAUCAGCAAUUGGUAUUCACAGCCUGUGGUCCUGCAGCCCUUAGCAAGAAACUGCAGCCGGCUUUGCAAGCUUAAUCUGUGGUGUUUCACCCUUUCUGACAUUGGAUAUUUAUUUAAAGCACAGCCACCUUUGGAAGAACUGUCCCUUCGCUGGACAACUGAGGAAAAGAGGUGUGUACUCCCAGACUUACUAGCCUGCUGGAAAUCAGUUAAAUUUCUUCAACUGCAAGAGUAUAAUGUGAGACACGAGGAGAGUUUUCAAGCAUUCCGUUCACUCGGGGAGCUCAGCAGACUGAAUUGGCUAGAGAUACAGUGUGUGAAAGAGUGCCCAGAAGGAGCUAUUGGGGAGGCAUUUAGGUAUGGAGGUCUUUCACAACUGCAGCAUGUUGACUUGUCAAACAGCUGGGCAUUAGAUGAUAUUGGUCUAAUUUCCUUGAUUCAUGGAUGCCCACAAGUACGAUGGCUUCGGCUGUUUGGUUGUUAUGGGCUAACAGAUGAAGCAUUCAAGGACAUUUACAAACUUGUGCAUUUGAAAAGGUUGAAUAUCUCUCGAUGUGUGGGAUUAGGUUCAGCAGCCAUGUUUUUCAUUGCCCGUCUUCCAAAGCUGCGUACACUCUGGGUUGAGUACACAGACUUCAGGCGUUUACGUCCAGGAAUAAAAUGCAUAAUUGACCUACCAGAGUUGCGGCACCUCCACAUGGGAAUGACCACAAAUCUACAAUAUGUACCAUUUGAUUCCUUCCCAGAGAAUCUUUCAAAUCUCAAGUCACUGGAUGUACAAUGCUCCAAAUUUGAUGCUGCGGUAAUGGAAAAUUUGAAGAAACGGAUGCCAUCCCUAAAAGUUCAUGUUACUCAGUUCCAGUACCAAGACAUAAACAGUGCAGAUACAAGUGAUGAUGAAGUUUAGUACACACUAUUUUGGAGUUACAUUUUUCUAAUCAUAUUUGUACUUCAUAGUGAUGUUUAGAGGGAAAUUGUACAUACUUUUAACUGUGAUUGAUAUAUCACUACUUCUGGUGCUGCAAGAUUAUUGUGCAAUUGUUUUGUAUCUAGUCAUUUGUUAUUCUGGAGUUCUCAUUUAGUUUGUAGUAUAUUUUAUGCUCUCAUGUAAGGCAGCAUUGGACAUUUUAGUUAUAAAUCAAACAGAUUCUGAUACAUAGUAUAUUUGUUUAUGAAAAAUCAGAAAUUAUUGCCACAGGUACAGUCUUGACACCUACGAGCAACUGAAGGCAGUGCUGCACAAUCUGGGAUAUCAGUAAUUGCUGGGACUAUAAAUCUUGUGCAAAUUAGUAUUUUUCUCAUAUACCCUCUAUUUGCUGUGAGUUGAUGGAUGUCCACAUUAUAGUGGAAAUGUGCAGUCUGUGAGAAACCAAUCCUUUUAUUUGACACUGUCAGGGAAGAAUGAUUAUUAAUUGACAGUGUAGGCUGAUGCCUGUAAUACACACAAUCCCAACCACAACCGCAAACUGUGACUAAUUACUCAGAUAAUGGGCUGCAAGAAAAACUUCCACUUCCCCUGACAGUGAUCCGUUGGAUUCUAAAUCGCACAGCUAAGAACACUGUAAAGAUUUCGUACACCUAAAUGCCAUGGCCCAGAGGUUCCUAGCUUGCGAGCCAAUCAGAAACUAAUACAUUGCAUUACUCAUCAGUGUCAGAAUCUAACUUCUUUCCUUCAAAUAUCAAAUCAUUUGAGAGGAAUAGCCUCCAUAUUUGUUGUGCUUGUUUUCCCUCUUUUCACAGUAUCACUGUUUUAAAAUUUUCCUGUUUCAAUGGUAUGAAGAGGGAUAUAUGCAGUCAUUUGAAAUGUGUGCACAAAUAAUGGUGUAUGGCACAUUUUUCGGUUUCUAGGAAAUUGACAAAAACCGUUAUUUCCAGAAAAUUAUUGUAAAAUAAUAAUGUAAUUGCAGAUAUGUAUUGUUUGUGCAUACAAACUAUUGAAAAUACUUGGUUGUGCUUUUUAAAAUUGCAGUAAGCAUAGGUUUUAUGAAAAUAAGUGAAUAUUAAAAUGGAAAAACACUGUAUAGCAAUAGAUAUACAGUAUUAUUCCAUAUCUGUCUUCUGCUGUAAUGAUAAGGUUGUCUUGAAUCCAAAGGUUGUAAGUAAGAAAAUUAUGACAAGAUACAAAAUAAUAUUUAUUGUAAACUGAUAACUUUGGUCUUAAAAAAAGUAAUAGAACAUUCCAGCCCAAGAUGCUGGCCAAAAGCUAUAUGCGAGUAUCUAUUAAUCGUGCCUGUCUGCAACUUGACAUGUCUUCUUUACAGUAAAUAGCAAUCUGUCUUUGCCUAUAUUGUUAAUAGAAAAUGAGUUUGUUAUAAAGUUGAGAGACAAAUCUGGUGCAUUAAACUCAGUUGUCAAACUGCAGAUUUUCAUUAAAAUUCCUAUAUUUUGGUUCAGGAUAUUUCAUCGUGUCCAAUAAAUUAUUUUCUUCUUCUUAUGAAGUUUCAGUGUCCAGUUGUAGAGCAACCAAAAAUCAAAAGGCAACAGAAAACUUUUUACUUGAUGUUCACAAACUGUUUGACAAUACAAUGUCUUCCCCAUGUGUGAGGCACAUUGCAACUAGACGCAUGCUUAUGUCACCAAACAGUCUCAGCCAGAGUAAUUUUCAAAGCAAGUGGCUUUUUGGAAACUUAACUUAUUGGAUCCUGUCUCCUUGAAGUCUUCCAUCAUCUUGUGAAUGGUCAGCUUUGAAGGAUUGACAAAGCCCUCAGCAAUUACAUGCUUCCAUUCUGAAGGAACCAAACUUUUGACACUUUUUUCUUUUCUCGAUCAUUGUAAAGUCCAUAUCAGAAAGUAGGAAACUAUGACCUGAACACACAAACUUUUGAUGUAUUUCUGUAAAGUACUUGCAGCCGAUCUGAUAGAAAUAGAGCGCUAAAAAUCUACAGUUAUUUUUGUGCCCAACACAGCAGUAAGACAAUACAAUCAGUUCGUGUCUCAUACCUUCUUCAAGUGUAUUUUAAUUGUUUGUCACGAAUUCAAGCAGAUGGGAAACUAUUUCAGCUAAAUGUCUCCUUGUGGUGGAUUCAUCCCACAAAUUUACUGUGAUGUUUUCAGUACCAACAUCAUGAACCAUGAAAUUAGAUGACGACAGCUGUCUCUGGUAGAAUACCAUGGACUGCGUCAAAGUGGGAUGAAGUAAAGCCUUUCGUAGAUCAGUACAAACAAUUGUGUAAGGUACACAUGCUCUGCUGUGGGGCGAUCAGUAUGGUUGAAAAUGAACACACUUCAUACGCUGCGAUCACAGUGUAGACACUUUUAUUGCUUCACGAUUACCGGUUUCAACAGUCUUAUGCUGCCAUCCUCGGAUGAUCUGUACCUUCUAUAAAAUUGUCCUGUUACAUUACAUAAAGUCAGAGUGGGUAUUUUGGAGUGCUUUUUAUACUUUGACUUCAUGUAAAUUAACUUUGCAAUUUUCUGGAAGUUUCAGAAGGUUGGAUGAUGGAAACUGUUGAAACUUGUCAUCUUGGAGCAGUAAAAGUGUGUACACUGUGAUUGCAGUGUAUGAAGUGUGUUCAUUUUAAACACAUAUAAUAGGUAUAUUGUUUUUCCUUUUACCUGUUUCUGUAUUGUUUUUUAGCACUUUGAGUUGCAUCAUGCAAAAGCAGAUCAAACAUACCCUCUCAGGUUCAGCGUUGUGCAGUUCUGUUUUGUCAGAAGCUGCAAUGAUUUUGUUAAACAACAAAUUUCACUGUCUGCAAGCAUCUAACCUAGUACUCUGAAAUGUAAAUUAAAAUCUGUUUGAUACACACUUUGAUAGUAUGAUCUGCUUAUUGAUUUUCAGGAAUUUUUUUGGUAAACACUCAAUACAUUCUAGAGAGUUUGAGAUCAGGAGGCAGACAUUCCUUUGAGUAUUUAUUCAUGUUGUAAUGGCUCAUCUACUUUGGAAAACAGGAAAUAUGAUCCCAAAUCAGAGCCAUGCUGUCAUGUGAUAUGGUAUGCGGCCUACUGAAAUGUUUUCCUCGACUGUCUUUAGAGUUGGUCAUUCCACCUUGUAGUUUAUAUUGAAGAGUCUGUAUUCAUCACUGGAUGAUGCAGAAUAUGUCAAACAAUGUUUUUUGACACAUUUCUUUUGGCUGGACUUUGUAUUUGAAAGUAACUUGUUUCCGUGAAACAUCAUCUGUCGUACCUUUCUUUCAUCCGGCUAAGCAUACCUAUGUUGAUGGAUUUUGUCAAGUAAAUGGACAGCUCAUCAUAUAUCAAGGCGCGAUAUUCUUUGUCCAACUUUAACUUAAUUGCCAGGUUUAUAUCCUUGCAUACUUCUUUUGAGCACACUUCUGCAUUGCAAACAUUAUCCUGAAUCAUGCAGUCAAAAUUACUAUCUAACAUUCAACUGGAUCAGGUUACCUUCCAUUGGGAAAAUGUGGGUUCACUCAGUGACUGUUAUGUGAUUUACAAAUUAUAGAGCGCUGCAGUCAGUCAUAUAUAGAGGGUGCAAUAUGACCAAUCGAUGUGUUCCCCACACAACCUACCUUCUUUAUUCAGUAGUAUUUGAAGAACUUUGACUGACAUCCGAACAACAGGGAACUAACAUACAUCGAGAUUAGAAAAUGUUGGUAUGUAAUCUAAUAUAUAAGCCAUAGAUGUUAUGUCAUGAGUUGUAACAUUUUAUUGCAUCGUCUGACCAUGUACAACCUACCUUCUUUAUUCAGUAGUAUUUGAAGAACUUUGACUGACGUCCGAACAACAGGGAACUAACAUACAUCGAGAUUAGAAAAUGUUGGUAUGUAAUCUAAUAUAUAAGCCAUAGAUGUUAUGUCAUGAGUUGUAACAUUUUAUUGCAUCGUCUGACCAUGUACUUCUUGUAUUUUUGGCACUGAAAUGGCAAGGCACUAGCCGAAAUCUGGAUUUGCGUAAUAAAACCUACAAGAAAAGGAUGACUGAGA